AUGUGUGUCAAUGAAAGAGAUGGUGAUGGACGUGUUUAUAUGGAAAACAUCGAAAUCAAGAAAGUCCAAGAAUUUAAAUAUCUGGGGUCAACAAUGGACAGAGAUGGAGACAUUCACACGGAAGUUAGCAAGAGACUACAGUCAGGUUGGAAAGGGUGGAGAAAAGUCUCUAGCAUCCUAUGUGACAGAAAUAUGUCUACAAAGAUCAAGGGCAAGGUAUACAGAACUUGCGUACGACCAGCCAUUAUGCACGGCCUAGAAACAAUCCCCCUCACGAAAGUUGCUGAAAGCAAAAUGGAGGUAGCAGAGAUGAGAAUGCUGCGUUUCUCGCUGGGGCUGACGAGGUUAAAUAGGGUCCCAAACGCGGAAGUUAGAAAGCAGCUGCAAACUAGAAGAUUUGGGGAUAAGCUAAGAGAAAGUAGGCUGAGGUGGUUCGGGCAUGUAAAGAGGAGACCAGAGGACUACGAUAACAAAGACCGCGUGUCAAGCCUCAAUGUAUAUUAG